AUGACUGACGAUGACUUGUCACAAAAUCAUAAUUUUUCCACUCCGCCACAUAACACCGAUAUAGAUGGUAUAGCGGAUCCAGAUAAUAUGGAAAAUACUCUAGGAUCAUCUCCAAAUAUACCAUUGUUUACAUGCUCUCUUAUAUUUGAUCGCUACGAUUAUGAAGAAAAAAGUCAUUUUGAACGCACAGUCAUUGCACUUAUUCAUGCAAUGAGAGCGAAACAAAAACCAUCAAAAACGGCUAAAAUCAAUUCACUCGACUGCGAAAAUAAUACUGUAAUUGAAUAUUUCGAUUAUUAUUGUAUUGAUCGUACUGGAGAACAAAUAGCCUCGAUGGAUGUUGGAGCUUUACAACAAGGAUGGUGUGUACCACAAUUUGAACAGAUCUAUCGUAUCGCAUUACCAGAUAGUGAACAACAAGCAAAUAUUCAACGAACACGAAGACCAAAAUCAUGUUGUUUUAAUUGCGGCUCAGGCGAUCAUCCGGUUGCUCAUUGUCCAGUUAAACUUGACCAAGAGCGUAUUCGUCGCAAUCGUGAGCAUUUUCAAGAACAAAUAGCAGAAUCAAUGGGCCUAAGUGAUCCAUCAAUGUUAAAUGGUGGCCAUCAUAAUAAUAGUGGUAGCGGUUUACCACAUGAUACAAGUCGUUAUCAUGAAGAUUCUUAUCAAACAAGUUUAAUGCCCGAUAUGAUUAUUGAUGAACGGUUUCGUCAGUUCAAACCGGGUGUGAUAAGUUUAGAAUUACGUCGUGCACUCGGUUUAAAAGAGCAACAAUUACCAAUAUACAUUUAUAAUAUGAGAAAAUGUGGUUAUCCACCAGGAUGGUUAAGAGAAGCACGUGUCAAAAAAUCCGGUUUACAAGUAUUUCAUGAUAAUGAAGAAGGUGAAAUAGUUGAAAAUAAUUCUAAACAACAACAACCGCCAACUGUUUCUGAUGACCAACGGAAUUCUCAUUUGUCAUUUACUAUAGAACAACCCUUCAAUCAGAGUUCAAAUGGUUUAGAUGCUGAUAAUAGUUUUGAAUACGAUAUUGAUAAAGUGAUAUCAUAUUCGGGAUAUAAUUCGACCAUUCCCGAAGGAUUUGUUGAUGAAUCUGAUCAUUUUAAUUUACCUCAAUAUAAUAGCUCACAAAGUAAAGAAAAUAUGAUUAAAGAAGCCUAUUUAGUCAAGAAACCAAGUCUUAAACGGAAAGCGAGUUUUGGUGGUGAAGCACUGAAACCAGUAGAACAACAAGAUAAAAAAUUUAAAUUAGCAGAUGAAACGUUUUCCCCAUUAGAAACAACAACACCAUUAGAUAGUCAGAAUGAUACCAUCGAUACUCAACCAAUGAAUGAAACAUUUGGUUUACCAUCAGCAUUCUCGUAUGAACAGCGUAGUCUCAGUCAUGUUUAUGGUACACCAUUAUUAAAUUAUCCUACAGAGGGCGUUGAAAAGUAUCAAUUACCCACACUAAGCAAAUUUUCCCAGGGUAUUUGUGAACAUUCAUUUUUUGAAAAUUUACCAUCAUGGCCACAUCAACAAGGACAAGUUUCACGAGUGGUAAGUAUUAAUUAUAAUGUUUCAAAAUUAUAUUAG